ACGCAAAAGACAUCGUAAAAAUCCAUUUAUUGAAAGUGAAUUUCCAUUGUGAAUAAAAAUGCAUAGAAAUAUAUAAUAAAAUAUCAAUUAAAAUACAAAUUCAUCUGGCGUACUUCGACAUCAAGGCAAACGAGUUUCCCACGGUUUCGUAAAAUGCAUUUCGAGAUAUAAAUAAAAUACCGCCGAUUUAUAACGAGCGUGCCGAUCCAAAUCGCAAUUCGCUGAAAAAAAAACACAAUAAUGGGCGACACUUUGGACGAGACUCCGCCCACGCGCCGCGACAAACCGCAAACGUUGAAAAUUGGCCACGACGAGGAAGAGCAGCCGGGUAGGGGUACCGCUUCCACUCCCAGCUCCGCCCCGGCAUCUUCUCCCGCCUCCUCUAUAGCCAUUCCCGCGGCGAGAUGUCCCCGGAAUCGGUUGCGUCACGCGGAACGCGAUCAGAAGCGCGAUCAUUCCAGCGACGGUCUGGUCUCGUCUGAGAACCGGCGGGAGGAGUUCGGAGUCGGUCUCGAGCCACAGCCGCGUCGCGAAAGUCUCAAUAACUGCGAGGCCGGCAGUCCGGUGGCAUUCUCCAGCAGCUUUGGCAAGACGGCAGCACGUCUAUCCGGCUCCAGGUACCCGUCCGGCGCGGCUGGCACUGGCAGCGGCGGCAUCGGCGUCAGCGUCCUGGGCACCGGCGGUCUGGGGGGCACCACCACCCGCAAGUGCGUCCUGACGCUGGACGGGUACUCCUAUGUUAUAGUUGCCAGCACGCCGGAGAGUUUGCCCAGCAAGCGGGACGAGAGCAGCGUUGGGUCGGGCACCGCCGGCGGAAGCGGAAGCGGUAGCGGCAGUAGUGGUGCCAUAUCUGGCAGUGGUGCAGCGAGUGGGUCGACUGGAAACGGACCUGGUGCUGGUUCUGGUACCGCUGCGGCAGUUGGUGGAGCUACUACGCCCGGACAAGAGGCAGCCAGUCCCACGGUCACCGAGUUUGCGGGCAUCGGCUCAAAUGCGACAAUAAAUGGUCAAGUGGCAAGACACGGCUCACUGACGAUUAUACGCCGCACAAAUAGCCGUAACUUUACGCAAAUCGACUCCCAGCAGACCACCCAGCAGCAGCUAGCAUCUCCCUCAGCCACCGUUUCCAGCAGCAGCACCACCGCCACCACUGGGGCACCACUUCACGGCCAGACGCCGAUCAGCGAACCACUUGCGGAUCGAUUGGGCUUCCGAUCUGGUAGCAACGGAUCAUCAGCGUCUGCCGGCCAUCAGGUGUCCUUCUCCGGAUCAGGACCGGGAGCAUCCGCCAGUGCCAGUGCCAUCGCCUUCGCCGCCGCCAAAAUGCAACCAUCGUCGCCGAAUGCCACCAACUAUAUGCCCGACAAUAUUGGCGCCUCGUCAGCCACUUUGUCGCAAACGGAAAUGAAAUCGUGUCGCGAAUCGACUGACGGUACCAAUAAUACCCAUCCAUCGAUCAAUGUCGGUGGCGCUUGCUCCUUCAUUCGGAAGGAGUCGGCCGAGCCCCAAGGCGAGUCACUCGGUCAGUCGGAGUCGCCCUCGAAUCUCUCGUUCAGUGCCGGAAUAUGGGAAACCGAAAGUUUGCCGGCCGUCGAUACGCCAGACGCCCUUAACAAAGCGGCCGGGAGAAUACGCAGUCUUCUCCGCCGCAUGGAUCACGAGACCGUGGCCUACGAGGACAUGCAGCGCAAUCUGCAUUAUGCGGCUCGAGUUCUCGAAGCGGUCUUCAUUGACGAAUCAAGAAGCCCCACAUCAGGUAAAACAAAGUUGGGGCAGAUUGCGUCCUCAUCCGUUGAGAGCGAAGACAGAGAGGGCUGCAAUGGCAAUUGCAAGAACCUGAAUUGCAGUCGCCAUAGCCACGGGCGGGAUGAUCAGCAGCAGGAUAACAAUAAUUCCAACAGCAGCUGCAGUCUGCAGAAGCCGGAGGAAAAGUCCGGGGAAGAGGUGGCAGCUGGAGGUGGAGCGCCGCCUGAGCCGGGAGACAAUCAGGAGGAGGGUGGAGGUCAAAUAGAGAGUCGCACCAAGGGCGUUUCGCUGGCACCACAAACCCACGGCGGACCUACUGGCCCGCCGCCUCAGGAUGCCACAACACCUACCCAAAGCUCCACCACCACCUCAACCCCCACCAGCAAAUUACAGCCAGCCCUGGAGACUGUAAGGGAAUCGGUAAUGGAAGAGAGCUCGGCCAAAGAUGCGACUUUGAAACCUGCAACCACACCAUCAUCCACACCCACAGCCACAGCCCCAGCGACAUCCACAGCGGCGGCGGGAAGUGUUGUUGCCAGCAGUUGUAGCAGUAAUCCAGCAACCGUGCACCGGCAGCGCCGCCUGAGGACUCCCACCUGGGCCAGGUCCAUGUCGACGAACAAAACGCGCCUGGCGGACGAGGACGAUGAGCUGUCGGAGGUGCAGCCGGAUGCUGUGCCGCCGGAGGUGCGCGAGUGGCUGGCCUCGACCUUCACCCGCCAGAUGGCCACCAGCCGGCGCAAGAGCGACGAGAAGCCCAAGUUCCGUUCGGUGGCCCACGCGAUCCGGGCGGGCAUCUUUGUGGACCGCAUGUACCGCCGGGUCUCCAGCUCGGCCCUUACGGCCUUCCCGCCCGAUGUGGUCAGGUUGCUCAAGAAUUUGGACGACUGGACAUUCGAUGUGUUCGCACUAACUGAGGCGGCCAGUGGCCAGGUGGUUAAAUAUGUGGCCUAUGAGCUAUUCAAUCGCUACGGAUCAAUCCAUAAGUUCAAGAUAGCGCCCGGAACCCUAGAGGCGUUUCUCUACCGCGUAGAGGAGGGCUACUGCCGGUACAGGAAUCCGUACCACAACAAUCUCCAUGCCGUGGACGUGAUGCAGACGAUCCACUAUUGCCUGUGCAACACCGGCCUGAUGAACUGGCUGACGGACCUCGAGAUCUUUGCCUCGCUGCUGGCCGCUCUGCUCCACGACUACGAGCACACGGGCACCACCAACAACUUCCAUGUGAUGUCCGGCUCGGAGACGGCACUCUUGUACAACGACCGAGCUGUUUUGGAGAACCACCAUGCCAGCGCCAGUUUCCGGCUCCUGCGCGAAGACGAAUACAACAUCCUUUCACACUUGUCGCGCGAGGAGUUCCGCGAACUGCGAGGCCUCAUCAUUGAGAUGGUUCUGGGCACCGACAUGACCAAUCACUUCCAGCAGAUGAAGGCCAUGCGCCAGCUGCUCACGAUCCAGGAGGCGUCCAUAGACAAGCAGAAGGCACUCUCCCUGGUCCUCCACUGCUGCGACAUCUCGCACCCGGCCAAGCAAUGGGGAGUCCACCACCGCUGGACGAUGCUCCUGCUGGAGGAGUUCUUCCGCCAGGGCGAUCUCGAAAAGGAACUGGGCCUGCCCUUCAGCCCGCUGUGCGAUCGCAACAACACCCUGGUGGCCGAGUCACAGAUCUGCUUUAUAGACUUUAUUGUGGAGCCGAGCAUGGGCGUACUGUCCGAUAUGCUCGAGUACAUCCUGGCGCCGAUAGCCCCCAUGUCUAAAGGCAAGCCGGGUACCGUCAUAGAACACGAGGUCGUCGGACCGGCCGGCGCCUCCUUCAUCUCGUCUAGCGCCUCUAAAUCAAGUGAUCGGAGGGAAGAUAAGUCCACCGCCGAAUGCUCCACUACUGCGAGCAUGGCCCGGAAGAGCCUUACCAGCAGCACCGCCAGCAAGUUCAGCAUCCCGAAGCCCUGGCUCGCUUGCCUCGCCGAAAACAAAAAGAUCUGGAAGGAGCAGUCCGUUAAAGAUGCCGAGGCGAGGGCCCUGGCCACCGCAGCAGAGGAAGCUGCAGCCGCAGCUGCUGCGGCGGAAGAGGAGGAGAGCAAGCCGGCCGCGGCGGAAACGGAAACGGCUGCUGACGGCAAUGGCGGCAAUGGCGACGGCGGUCAAGGUGAGGAGGCGGCCGCAGAGCCUGCAGAUGGCGCCACCUAAAUUGCACACCUAAAAUCCAAAAGUCGAAAAAAACAAAAUCACAGAAGAAGGAGACUUCGGAACGAAAAAGGAUUAGCACAGUGAAGGCCACUGAAGGAGGAUUUCCGAACGGAUAAUAUUUACUAAGCUUAGAAGCAGCAUAGAUUAUGAUUAGAAAAUCGCUUCAGAUGCGCUCUCUAUGUGAAUUGUGGUAGAAUUAUACUUACGUACAUCAUCUAUUUAGGCUUAGUUGUGGAUCGGCAAGCGGGUCGUCAUUAAUAUCUAUAUAUAUAUAUAUGUAUAAAUACUGUAUACUUUGUUGUUGCAAGCAAAAACUAAGGCCAAGCACAAAAACAAACGAGUAAUGUUCCAGUUUUCGUAGAUGUAUGUAAAUAGCGAAGGAGUUCAACUGAAAUCUGUUGUGAAUUUGUUGGUUCGUUUCGAGCAUUUAUACUUAGACUUGAAUUGUACUUGUCUCUUAUUUUUAUUAGUUAUAGUCAAAUGUGGAAUUUAUUAUAUUGUUUUCAAUAAGUUCGAUGUAUCCAGUUUCGUUCUAAUUAAACGCAUAUCCUUUUGUAA